UUAAAUAAUGUUGAAAGAAAUGAAAGAAGGCCACGUAUAAUCAGACCAAGAAUUAAUUAUAUGGAAAUAUUUGAUGAAAUAGAUUUCCGAAAAAGGUUUAGAAUAUCUAAAAAUAAUUUUAUGACGGUAUUAGAAAGAAUUGAAGAUGAAAUUCGUCAUAAAUCUGAUCGUAAUAAUCCUAUUCCACCUGUCAUACAAUUACUGGUCGCUAUAAGAUUUUAUGCAACUGGAAGUUAUUUGAUAACUGUUGCUGAUUUUUGCGGAAUAAGUGAAUCAAGUGCUCAAAGGAUUGUUCAUCGAGUGUCACCUAUUAUUGCUGCAUUAAACAAUGAGUUUAUAAAACUUCCUAUGUCAGCAGAACAAAUUCAUCAAAACCAAAAAGAAUUUUUUCAAAUAGCAAAGUUUAUUAAUGUUAUUGGUUGUGUGGAUUGCACUCACAUAAAAGUUGAAUCAUGUGGUGGAAGAGAAAAUGAAUUAUAUCGAAAUAGAAAAGGCUUUUUUUCUUUAAACAUACAAGUAGUUGUUAACGCAAGAUUAGAAAUAAUUGAUAUAGUUGCACGUUGGCCAGGAUCUACGCAUGAUGCAACUAUUUUUGAUCACUCAAGGAUCAAAAAUUUGUUUGAAGCAGGCACAUUCGGUGAUGGUUUGCUUCUUGCAGAUUCUGGAUAUCCAAACUUACCAUACGUGAUGAGUCCAUUACACUAUCCAAUAACUCCACCAGAACACCUUUACAAUGAGGCUCAAAUUAGAACUCGCUCAAUAGUUGAACGAUUUUUUGGAAUUUGGAAAGAGAGAUUUGCAGUUUUAUCAAUUGGAAUGCGUUUUCAAACAAUUGAAAAAGUACUUCCCAUUAUUAUGGCGACAGCUGUAUUACAUAAUAUUGUCCAACAGAAUAUUCAACAAGAUCGAAUUGAUCCCCAUGCAUACAAUAAUGCUGUUGCAGUAAUGCAAAAUAUAGAUAAUAGGAAUGUCCAUGAUAAACGACGAGCAAUUGUGGAAUAUUUUGGAUGGUAA